AUGGUUGAGUCUGCACCUUUGUUUGUGCCACUGGAACGCAGGCUGCAGACCUUAGCAGUCCUGAAGUGGAUCUUCAGUUUCUUGGCCCUGUAUUUUAUCUGCUAUGUGGUCUUCAUAGGCCUCCUGUUCACAAGAUUCUGGAUGAUCAGCAUCCUAUAUGCAAUCUGGUGGUACCUGGAUCGAGAGACACCACAGCAAGGGGGCAGGCAGAGUGCUUUCAUAAAGCACUUGACCUUACGGAAGUACCUGAAGGACUAUUUCCCCAUCUCGCUGGUCAAGACUGCCGAGCUGGAUCCCUCCCGGAACUACCUCGCUGCCUACCACCCCCACGGGAUCAUGGGCAUUGGAACUGUUACCAACCUGUGCACUGAAGCCACUGGCUUCUCCUCGAUCUUCCCUGGCAUCCGCCCACAUCUUAUGACACUGAACAUGUUUUUCCAGAUCCCCUUCAUCAGGGAUUACAUCAUGUUAGGGGGGCUGGUCUCAGCAGACAAGGAGAGUGCUGCUCACAUUCUGAGCAGGGAAGGAGGAGGCAACCUGCUGGGCAUUGUUGUUGGGGGCGUCCAGGAGUCACUGGAUGCCAGGCCUGGAGCCUACAAGCUGGUGCUGCGAAACCGCAAGGGCUUCAUCAGGCUCGCCCUGAUGCACGGGGCAGCUCUGGUGCCUAUCUUCUCCUUUGGGGAGAAUGACAUGUUUGACCAGAUUGAGAACUCUCCUGGCUCCUGGUUGCGCUGGUUCCAGGAACAAAUUCUGAAGAUUGUGGGAGCUUCCAUUCCACUCUUUUAUGGCCGUGGUGUUUUCCAAUACAGUUUUGGUCUUAUGCCCUGCUGCCGGCCCAUCAACACUGUAGUGGGAAAGCCCAUCGAGGUGCCGAAGACACCACAUCCCUCCCAAGAAGAGGUGGACAAGCUGCACCAGCGCUACAUGAAGGAACUGAGCAACCUCUUCGAAACCCACAAGCUCAAGUACAACGUCCCAAAAGACCAACACUUGGAGUUCUGUUGA